CACUGUGCAGUCGCGGGGCCUGCCUGGAGAAUCAGGGGUGCUCCGUCAAAAAAGCAGGAUCACAGCAUACCCGGACCGCCGGUGGUAACCAGCACGGGCGGACAAUGUCGCACGGCCCCGCAUGUCUGCAUUGUUGACGGAAAUGGAGGUCGGGGUGUAAUAUGCCAUGGGCCGGCUCUGCUUUGUCCAAACCCCGACUCGGAUGCUCCGCGCUUGCAUCCAGGUCCUGCCCAGUGUCCGAGACUCGUGGGGGGCCGUUUAAGACGGUUAGUCGCUUCCAAAAUUCCAAUAGUCCAAAACGACGCUGGCUAUCAGCCAAGACCAAUGCAUGGCAUUUCAGCUGGGCUGUAACCCGUGUCACGCCUUGGUCAAGACCAUCCAAUGACGGAGUCUCCAGAUCGCCACUUCUGCAGACACAAACGCACGUAGCCGCUGACAAAGGACAAGCCAACCGAGAGUCGGGUGCUGCCGAUCCAGCGCCAAAAGACCAACUCAGAACCCUCGACCAUGGUGCGCCAGACCGUUCCAGUGAGUUCCGUCGUGAUGGGAGUGCUGUGGUUCGGUGGUUCCAAAACAGCAAUGGAGGUCCGAGUUGGGGAAUUAGGGAAGAACCGGCGAGAGGACAUCAAUGCGCCGGUGUGAUGGGUCCCACUCCGGUCGGCUUUGCAUUAUGCCGAUUACUCUUGCCCUGUUCGGUCCAAGUGAAGUUGAGGAUGGCAGUCACGGCUGCCUGGACUUGAACCGGCACUGUUGCCCAUUGUGUGUGUGGCAGGAACGACUUGGAAGGUGCGCAUGUGUAAAAUCAGUUUGAAACAAAAGGAAGCUGCACAUGGACCCUCACCUUGCGAGCUAGGUACUUCGUUCUUCA